AUGGUUGGAAUUAGAGACUUGAGACUUGUGGGAAUUAUUCGGUUAAAAGUGCCUAUAAAUUUUUGCAAGAAUCUAAAGAUACCUCCUAAGAUCAGAAACUUCUUAUGGAGGGCUACUUUGGGUGUGCUCCCAACUUGUAUUCAGCUCCAAAAAUGUCAUGUUCCCGUCAAUGUUGAUUGUCCGCUAUGUAACGCUCAUGCAAAAACUGUUCACCAUGCGUUGGUGGAGUGUGAGGUUGCUAAAGAUGCUUGGAAUCGCAGCAUGGUCGACGUGUGGGCGGAGGCUACAACAUUCAGCAGCUGGCUGUUGGGGAUCUUCGGUAGAGGGCACGAAGGUGAAAUGGAGGAAGUGACUGUGGUGAGUUGGGCUAUUUGGCGCGCGCAAAAUGAAUUUGUUUGGCAGAAGAAGAGUUGGCCUGCUUCAAAUAUUGUUGCAUCAGCUAGAAACAUGCUUAAUCAGUAUAAAUUUGCUCAAGGAAGGAAGGGUCUUUCGUUGUCUCCGCUGCAUGAUGGGGGGCGAAAUCUUGAGCGUUGGAUUGCACUUGAGUUAAACAAGAUCAAAGUUAAUGUUGAUGGGGCUUUAUUUGAACAAGAGGGGCGUUUUGGCAUGACUUCUGUAGCUCGGAAUCAUCAUGGUGCUAUGGUAGAAGUAUUUAAGAAGGGGAAGAUUGGUUGUGUUUAA